AAUAUACUAAGAGAAAAAAAUAUAUAUAUUGAGAAUGACACUAGGAGGAUAUAUCUCUAUUGAGUUUGAUAUCAAGUCUCCGGCGUAUAGAUUCUGUCAAGGUUACAUGAAGAUAGCGAAAACCACAAGACACCAACUUUCGACUGAGGAGGUAGAGGUUGAUCUACCUUCGGAGAAGAAAAAGGUUCGGCUAAGAAUGGAGGGCUUUCAGAUCUCAGAGUUGUUCAAGGCGAUCACAACACCUUUCAUCAGCUGUACUGUUGAUCCUGAAGAGGCCAAGUCGAGAAACCCGGAUAACUACAAGAAGCUCGAAGGAACCAUGAGCGUCAUUCACACGGAAGGUAAUGACGGUGGCCGAGCAUUCUGGACCGUAGAGUAUGAGAAAGUUAGCGAUGACAUCAAGGACCCACGUUUCAUCGUCGACACUACUGCAAGAUACUUUCAGGCGAUGGAUGAGAGAAUCUUUAGAACGAUCUGAAAUAGUCAAACAGAGUACAUGCGACUUCAUAUAUAUAGUUUAUAUAUUGAUCAUACAGUUUAUAAUAAUUUAUGAUGAUUGAUACUAGUUAUCGUUUAAUAAUGGUUGGCAUUUAGCAAGGAUUUGCUCUUGAAGCUUUCAAGAUGCAUAAUUAAUAUAUUGAUCUGCAUAUUAUUGUUGUAUCGACGAUAUAUUCUAAUAAAAAGGAUGAUU